AUGGAUGACUUCGACCUUCUCGUCAUCAACGGCCUCGUGGUGACGGCCUCCGAUACUGCCCAAUAUGAUAUUGCGAUCAAAGAUGGGAAGAUCGCGCUGUUGACCCCUCCCGGUGUGCUGGGCGUGAGCAGUGCGAAGAAAGUGAUCGAUGCCGAGGGCGGAUAUGUCAUGCCAGGCGGCAUUGACUGCCAUGUCCAUCUCGAGGAACCUGCGCUGUUUGGAGGGAAAGGAAGGAGUUCGGAUAAUUUUGAAACGGGCACACGAAGCAGCAUUUGCGGAGGAACAACGACCAUCGUAGCCUUCGCCCCUCAAGCGAAAACAAUGCCUUCUCUCCUCAAGGUCCUCGAAGACACUCACAUGCGUGCCAAAGACAACUGCUAUAGCGACUACUCAUUCCACAUGCUGGUUGGCCACCCAGGUGAGCAAGCUUUGUCGGAAUUUCCUCGUCUGCGCGAGCUCGGUAUUUCGUCGUUGAAGAUCUAUAUGACCUACGCGGCCCUGCAAUUGAGAGAUGAUGAGAUACUGGACGUAAUGUUGGCGUCUAGGAAAGAGGGGAUCACAACAAUGAUCCACGCUGAAAAUGGAGACGUGUUGAACUGGAUGACGAAGAAGUUGGAGGAGAGGCAACUUUUCGCACCCAAAUACCAUGCCACAUCCAGACCGCAACUUGUUGAGACGGAAGCAACGAACCGUGCCAUUGCCCUGGCUGAAUUGAUGGAUACCCCAAUCCUCGUCGUCCACGUCUCUUCACCUAGCGCAGCAGCUCACCUUCGCCAUGCUCAAACCCGUGGUCUUCCCGUCUACGCUGAGACUUGUCCACAGUAUCUCUUCCUCACUCGCUCGGAUCUGGACAAACCAGACUUCGAAGGCGCGAAAUGUGUCUGUUCUCCCCCACCUCGCGAGUCCUCCCAUGACCACGACGCUAUUUGGCUUGGUCUCGCAAACGGGACCUUUACCGUCCUCUCAUCCGAUCACUGCCCGUUCAUGUACGAUGAUUAUGAGAAAGGCAAGAAGUCCAUCAUUAGCGCAGGGUAUCCUGAAGGGAGAUUCAGCGGGAUUCCCAACGGCUGUCCGGGCAUCGAGACCCGACUUGCUCUGACCCUGAGUGCGAAUAGACUUCCUCUACAGAAGUUUGUGGAGGUUACCAGCACCAAUGCGGCGCGAUUGUAUGGCUUGUAUCCUCAGAAGGGAACUAUCUUACCUGGAGUCAGUGAUGCUGAUUUGACCAUCUGGUAUCCGCCGGGGAAGUUGGGUACAUUCAAACUCACCAACUCCAUGCUCCACCAUAAUGUAGACUACACGCCCUUCGAAGGCAUGGAGCUCAAUCAAUGGCCGCGGUACACCAUCCUCAGAGGCGAGAUAGUCUGGAAUAGAGAUGGCGGUGGACUAUUGGGCAAGAAGGGAUAUGGGAAAUUUGUAGAAAGAGGGAAGAGCACCCUCCCGGGACCUAGACGGGAGGGAGAAUGGGAUGUGAGUGUCUUCUAG